AAGAAAUUGGCCACAAGAGACAAUUUAAAAAGAAAAAGAAAAACAGACAUACAGAUCUCUCCCUCCGUCGUCUUUGACUCUUUUGGUUUCAUUCUACUUGGUCGGAGAAAGAUGUCUCCGAUAGCAGCAAGAGCAAAGCUUCACGUAGCGAUGGUGGUGUUUCAGACGGGAUACGCGGGGAAUCACGUGAUCAUGAGAUUCGCUCUAAACUUGGGAGUAAGCAAACUCGUCUUCCCACUUUACCGGACCAUCAUCGCUCUCUCUGUUCUUGCUCCCUCUGCUUACUUCCUUGAAAAAAAAGAAAGGCCGGCAAUGAACACCAGUUUACUGAUUCAGUUCUUCCUUCUUGGACUUGUCGGCAUAACAUUAAACCAAGGCUUUUACAUAUUUGGAUUGGACAAUACCUCACCAACAUUCGCAUCAGCAACUGAGAAUGCUGUCCCUGCUGUUUCAUUCCUCAUGGCCGCCUUGCUCCGAAUAGAGAAGGUAGAGUUGAAGAGGAGAGAUGGUAUAGCCAAAGUGGUGGGCACAUUUGUAUCGGUGGCAGGCUCUUUGGUCAUAACGCUAUAUAAAGGGCCAACCAUUUACGAACCGAGCUUGCGUAUAAUGGACCAACCCAUAUUAAAUGGUGGAUCAGAAGGAGAGGAAGAAAACAAGAACUGGACGUUGGGAUGUCUGUGCUUGAUGGGUCACUGCUUAUGCUGGUCAAGCUGGAUUGUGUUACAAUCACCAUUGCUUAAGAAGUACCCUGCUCGAUUCUCCUUCAUCUCGUGCUCAUGCUUUUUCGCAGUAAUCCAGUUCUUUGGCAUCUCUGCUUAUUUCGAGCGAGAUGUGGAGAGCUGGAAGAUACUAUCAGGAGGGGAAGUGUACGCGUUGCUAUACACUGGAUUGGUGGGAUCAGCGAUGGUGUUUGCAAUACAAAUAUAUGUGGUGGAGAGAGGGGGACCUUUGUUUGUAUCAGCCUACUUGCCACUACAAACUCUAGUAGCUGCUGUUUUAGCCACCUUUGCUCUUGGUGAACACUUCUACCUCGGAGGAAUGAUUGGGGCAAUACUAAUAAUUAGUGGACUCUACUUGGUUGUGAUGGGAAAGAGUUGGGAGAGUCAAGCUCUAAUUGUUAGCCGCCAACAGCAACAACGCUUUGUUUAUUCAGCAACAGAAGAAGAUGGUGAUGAAGACGAGCAUAACAAAGAAAGGAGAUCUUGUAGCAUCAUUCAACCAUUAAUUACAUCUUAAGCUCUGCUCUCUCUCUUUGAAGGUCCGAAUGGUAACACACGGGACUACUGCGAAACAAUCGCUGUUCUGUUCGGUUCUAAUUGCAACAAAAAUAUAUAGAUACACAAAUACAUAUAAAGAUUUUUAUUACUAUUAGUCGAGCCAUCAUGUGGUUGGUCACCAUUCAGAACUCAAAAUAAUAAAAAUUGCACGAUUACUUCA